CAUGAUCGAAAUAUUCUCCAAAUAGAAUUUCACUCUUUAGUGAAUAGAAGAUAUUUACAACUGAUUUUCAAAAUGGAACAACUAAACAAUGUGAGUAAAAGCAUUGAACAUUUGAACCUUAAAGAUGAUGGAUCAAGUUCGGUUCUGUCCGAUACAGAUGAAGAUCCUUCAAUUCGUCCUUUGAUAACUUUCCGUGAAAGGCUUUGCAAGUUGUUUGACUCUCAUAAAUUUCAGAUUGCAGUUGUGGCACUAGUUAUAAUUGAUUGUUUGAUUGUUAUUACUGAAUUGAUCCUGGAAGCAAAACAUGAUGAGUUACAUAACCGCAUGUCCAUGCAUGUACUUCACUACAUGAGUAUAGCAAUUCUGAGCCUUUUUGUCGUUGAAAUUUUGCUCAAGAUAUAUGCGUUUAGAACAGAGUUUUUCCGACACAAACUAGAAGUUUUUGAUGCUUUUGUUGUGUUUUUAUCAUUCGCUCUCGAUAUUGCCGUUCAAGAGGAGCAAUUAAUGUCAAAUGGAAUUGAUUUAGUAAUUAUUCUUCGGCUGUGGAGAGUUACUAGGAUUUUAAAUGGUGUAGUCAUGUCUGUAAAAGCUCAGUCAGAGCACAAACUUCUGAAGGAGCGGCAAUUGAAAGAAGGCCUGGAACAAGAACUCUCAAAGUGUCGGCUGUACACAAAUGCUUUGGAACAAGAGGUGGAGACUUUACGCUUACUUCUGAGAAAACACGGCAUAGGUCUUCCACCCUCGGUGAUCAGUGACAAAGAAACUCACCAAACAACAAUUAGUGUUGUUGCAGAAGUUAACCAAAUUGAGCCAAAGUGAUAAAAAAUCCUCAUUUGACUUU